ACAAAACUCACGUGGGGAUGGAAUGCAUUUGUUUUUGUUCCACGGUCGUGCACGGUUGUCUCUCGUCACGCGCAGGUCUCUUCAGUGUUUUGACGUGCUUCUGCACGUGACAGAAAAAAAAAAAAUGCAAAGUCCCAACCACCGCGCCACUUGGACCGACGAGGAGACGGAAGUUUUAAUCAGACUUUGGGAAGAGAACCUCGGCGGUCUUCGCGGCCAGAAAAGGAACGGCAAAAUUUACGAAUCGAUGACAGCCGCGUUGGCGAGAUGCGGGAUCGUGAAAACCAGGGCCCAGGUUCACUCUAAAAUGGAGAAUCUGCGGAGCAAGUACAGAUGCCACACAAAGAAUAGAACCACCGGGUCGGGAGGAGUCCCUUGGCGGUUUUAUUGGAAACUGCACAAGUUCUUGGGCACAUUGCCAGCAAACGAUGCCAGUCUUGCAGUCGAGAGCAGCUGUGGAGAGCUCUCAGUCUCUGAGAUUGUCAGGAGCAUGGAGACGGGCCAGUCGGGCGAGGAAAUGGACCUAUGGACUACGUACGAACUACCAGUGGAAGUUCCAAGCCCACAAACAGUAGAAAUUGAAGAGGGAGCACUGGGCGAUCUCGUUGGCCAGCCACCAGCAACCCAGGCAUGCUCUGACCAGCCUUCCCCAAGCCGCUGUUCCCCUGCCAGAUCAGCAGCAGGGCAAAAAAAAAGAAGCAGGGACAGCGUGCUCGGGGAUGUUGUCCAGGAGCAGAAAUCAUUUCGGAUGAAUUGGCUUGAUUUGAAAACGCAAGAAUUGGAGCUGUAUAAGAAGCAGCUGAAGCUCCAAGAGGAAUCUGGAAAGAGAGACACUCAGCUCAUUGAGGUUCUCAAAGAUUUUUUUUCUAGAUAG